UCCUCGUAUUCUCACUGCAACAACACAAAAAUGCCAUAAAACACGAGCACAGAGGCAGAGGCAGAGGCAGAGCAGAACAGAACAAAACAGAACACGGAACCCAUGAAAUGAAACACAGAGAGUGAAGAAACCCAACUUUUGCUUUUUAAUGCUCCUCUCCCUCUCCCUCUCCCUCUCUUCACAUCUAUCUAUCUCUCUCUCUACUUUAUCUUUUCUGAAAAUUCGAGCUCCCUUUUCUCCUUUCUUUUUAAUUUGUUUUGUGAGGAUGGUUAUUUAAAUUAUUAUUUUUGGAGUGGGGGGUCUUCGGUAAGAGUUCCACAGAAUGAUUUCCUGAUGAAAUGGCUGUACUGAUGAUGGCUCAUAAUAACAGUAAUUGUAGCAAGAACAACAACGACAAUAACAGCAAGGAAGAAAAACCAGUUUUCCUUUUCCAUGAUUUUCUAGGCAUGAACUGUGCUUCCGAUUCUCCUGCUGCUUUAGCGGUGAGGAGCGUCAGUUUUGGUGGCGAAAUCCGUCCGUCAGAGGCGUCUGCCUCGGCCUCUGUAUCUGUCGGAGCUUCAUCAGGGGGGCAUGGUCCUGUCUCUGCCACUUCUGAUCUGGGUUCCGAAAGGCAGGUUGGGAAUCAUUUCGAGGGGGUUCCCUUUUACGCUUCGAAGAGUGAUUUCUCUGGGACUGAGAUAAGUAAUAGAUUCUCUGGGAGAAAGAGGAGCAAUUCAGAUUCCACCUUUAUGGGUUCGGCCAGAGAUAGGAUGCCCCCAAUAGGACCAGACUCCCUUGAAAGCUCUCACCUCAUGAAGAUGUUCCGAAAUGGAACGGGGGGAGAGAGACCAAGAAGAACUUUUGAUGAGGACUUGUUCUUUGGAAUGCAACCACCAAGGCCAACUUCUACUUCUCCCAUCAUAUUAAAUCGGCAAAUUGGCAGCAGACCUGAUUCUGUUGUUUCCAAGUGGGAUCGAUCUAUGACGAUGAAUGUGGGUCCUAUGAUGCAAUACCCCCUGCAGAUGAGUCAGUAUGUGACUUUUGUGGAUAAGGUCUCUUCAAACAGAUACAGAGAGGCCAAUGCCGGUCAUUCACUAAUUCCUCAACCAGCUGCUGAUGAAGGGUCUAGAACUGGCAUAAAAGGAUCUGGAAUUUUGAGUGCCAUUAAUGCCAGCAGUGGAACCACUGAGAGAAACUCAUCCACAAUGCUUCCGAGCUGCAGCAGGCCAAAGUCUGGAUCUCAGGCUGCUGACCCCGAGUCUUGUAAUCCACCAAGUCGGCAGAUGACUAUAUUUUAUGCAGGACAAGCUCAUGUUUUUGAUGAUGUCCACCCAAAUAAGGCAGAUGUCAUUAUGGCUUUAGCAGGAUCAAAUGGAGGGUCAUGGUCCACAACUUAUUUGCCUAAAUCUAAUGGGCAGUCAUCCCUAAACAAAGCUUCUGUGCCUAAUGGAGAGACUGAAAUGGGUAAAAACAACAUGAAGCCUGUGCAAGAAUUUCAUGGGAGAUUGUCCAUUUCAGGGAAUCCUGGUCAAGGGUUCAGUCAAGGUGGUCGAAUUUCAACAGUUCAAGUCGAUCCUCGGAUGUCAUCCUCAGGGUUUCAUCAAAGUGGCAUUAUAGUGAAAGAAACAAGGCCCCUGGCUCCAGCGGCAGAGACUGAUACAAAAGGCAAAAGAGAGGUGGGAAAAUAGAAGUGGUGGAAGACCUUUGUCAUUCCAUUCUAUCUGCAGUUAUUCCCCCUUCAUAAAGUGUCUCUGGUAUCAUCUGGGCUUUUAAAUAUUUGCUUCACCAGACAAAAUCGGUUGUAGGAUUCAAAAUUACAAAAAAAGGGAAAAAAAUCCAUUCUCCAGAAUUCGCAUUUCUCAUUUCAUAUUCA